GUGUUACUGCGACAGAAUGGUCACUCAGUUAAUGAACAGCUGAAAAGAACGGGGGAGGAAAUGGAAGACAGUACUGCACUGUAGUAUAUUCAACACUGUGACGCACUGUAAACACAAUACAGCUGAAGAGGAAGAAAGACUGAUGACUUUUGACUGCCGCCUCCUCUCUCUUCCUCCCUCUGUCGAAGGGCAGACAUCAGUAUGUUCCGUAGUGAGCAAGCUGGUGAGCCACGACCCAGUCAUCUUUGCGAGGGCGUUUAUGCCACUCACCCUCGCCAGCUCCCUCGAGGGGGAAACCCUCACGGUGCAGUUCCAGAUCAGGAUGACGUUCCUUCAUCUCACGGAGCUCCCAGACUUGAAGGAGACAGUCAUCUGGAGAGUCUCUGAUCUGGAACCCCUCCAAGGGGUCCCCAAGUCAAUCCCGCCACCAUCCGCGGCUCACCCAAGCCCGCCGCCGGUUCAUAUGCAAGCCAAAAGGACGUUAAUGUUGCAAGCCAAAAGGACAUUAAUGUGGCAAGCCCAACAAACAUUAAUGCGGCAAGCCCGUCAGCCCCAAAACUUACUCCAGUGCCCGCUACUCCAGAGCUCACUCCAAUGUCGGCCCAGGCACCAGAGUUCGCUCCAGUGUUGGCCCAGAACACAUCUUUUCUCCCCAAUCCAAAAGAGGAAAUUAGGGGUGAGGAGAAGGGUGUCAGCCCAGGCCCCAGAGUCUGCUCCAGUGUCAGCCCAACCCCAGCACGUGGCCCAUGGAGGGCUCCCGAUCCCCAGUUAAGCCCAGGGUGGGCUCCUGUUCCCGAGUUAAGCCCAGGGAGGGCUCCUGAUCCCCUGUCAAGCCCAGGAAGGGGUCCAGGCCCUGAGUACAGCACCGUAAAUUUCCCCAAGUAUUUUUUUUUGGUGGGGGGUUAG